UUGAUAAUUAUUGAUGGUGAUGUGGUACAUUGUUAUUGAAAUUGUUCAUGACAUUGGUGAAGUUGAUGAUGGUGAAAAUGUUGAAGUUGUUAAUGGUUGAAAUUGGUGAGAAGAGAUGAAAUUGUUGAAAUUAUUGAAAUAGUUUAGGUUGAAAUUGUUGAAAUAAUUCAAAUUGUUCAUGAAAUUGUUGAAAUUGGUGAAGUUGUUGAAAGUGAAGUUGUUAUAGGUGAGAAGAGUCUUAUUUCAGUGUUGAUAAUUUACCUCGCUCUAGAUUUCGAUAAUCCUAAAAUGUGUUUUGGUUAUGUAGAAUAUGGCGUCACAAAAUGUAGUUUUGUUAUGCCGGUGGGGAGGAGAAAUUCUGUUUGAUGGACCCCGGGUCGAGUAUAGUGGGGGAGUGGCGUCACAAAAUGUUUGAUGCCAUGCCUCCACAUCUGCUAGACCAUCAGGCGGAGUGGCGUGCUAGGGUCCCCCUGAUCUGUUUCGAGGUUGUGGAGAGUCACCUGCCCGACCGAGUCAUGAGGCAGUUUGGACUACGCCAGACUAUCCCACAGGGGUGUGACACUAGUGUACAGCUUCACGGCAUUGAUCGUCGGGGAAAGGGGGAGACCAGCUGGGCGCUGGAGCAUUGGCGUUUCCUUCAGCUAUGGGAGCAACGGUUGGAGUUCAUCGUUGGAGGUGAUCUAAUGCAGGGGGCUAUGGAUCCCGACGAUCCGUACAUGGUGUGGUACAGGCGUAUCACACGACGCUUCAUCAACCCCAGCUACGCACCACCAUCCACACAUUACCAUCCAGCAUAUGACAUCAUUAGCGGAUAUGCGGCGGAUAUGGUGGCGAUGGUUGAUGCGCUAUCAGUCUCCCUUGAGUGCGGACCCACUAGAGCCCAGGUCGAGCAGGUGCGAGAUAUGGGCGUCGCUACCUUACGGAGAUAUGGUCACGCUCAUCUCGCCCACCGGCGGGACGGUCAUGAUGGCAACUCACAGUUCGAUCUCGGCCAGAGCAGCGGUGGAUGUGAUCCUACGUCACCCAGACACGCAGAGGAUUACAACAUCCACAGUACUGCGCCCUCUGGUACCCAGGAGGACCCCUCGUCCAGUCAGCUGACUCCCCCACCGCCCCGAGACCCAUUCACCACCGUCACUCAUUACAGGCGGCGACGUGUCAGACGGAGGGCCGACACUCAGGAGGCAGGACCUUUACCCCGAAUAAAUGAGUCGGGCUAGUAUUAUCUGUUGUAUUCCCUGUUAUUUUGUGUAAUGAUGUACAUAACACUUAUGAAAUUAAUAUAAUAAAUCUUUUUUGAAUGACUCCGUGUGUGCUUUGAAGUUAAUUUGGUGGUUGGACUGUUGUUGGGCUGUUUCGAGUUUUCUGCAGUGCUUAAAGUUGACGGAACUCCCAGAAUAUGGUGGUGGUACGUGGUGGGGAGUGGCGGAGUUGGUGGUCGACGGUGGUGGGGUAGGGCUGUGGAGCUGGCUGUUGUGGUGGCUGUUGGAGGACUGCAGCAUGCAAGCUGUUUGCUGAAGCUUGUUUUCUGCCUGGAUGCUGGUUGCUGUUUCCAGCAGAAAAGCGCUGUCUGAGACAGCGCUUUAUGUUCAAGCAUAAAGCGCUGU